AAGUUGUUUAGCAACAUUCAUCGUUUUGAAUCUGUAGUUUAGCAAUGCUAACUGUCUGUUAGAGUGAGCUAAAGUUUAAAAGCCCAAUAUUAAAUUGCUGUAUGUAUAUUUACAAGACGUCGGCAGGUUGUUAAGGCAUCAGUGCGUGUGGGCCAAUGUAGCAGCUGUGAGACUUCAUUCGUUUGCAAUGAGCUCCCUCUCAGCCCAGCUUCCGGCAUCCAGCCCCUCAUGCAGGACACUACCUGGAGAUGGGAAUCAGGUACAACCAAAAGCCCCUCUCCUGCAAAUUCUGCGUGUUGCCGGAGCGAAGGAAGACGUUUUCACUCUCAAAGAGGUGAUGCACUACUUAGGUCAGUACAUCAUGGGGAAGCAACUCUACGACAAACAGAGGCAGCACAUAGUCCACUGCCAGGAUGACCCUUUGGGAGAACUAUUGGAGGUGGAGAGCUUCUCUGUAAAAAACCCAAGCCCAGUGUAUGAAAUGCUCAAGAAAUACUUAGUUGUGCUUGGUUGUUCUGACGCUGCAGAGAAUCUUUCUGUGGGCCGUGAAUGUGUAGAGAGCGGAGUGGAGGAUCGUGGUCAGACGUGUGGAGGUGUGGUUAAAGCAGGGCUGGAGACUAGCAUUGACAAGCCUCUACUGCAGACCCCCUCCCAGCGACGACCCCGGGAGCCAGACGAUGACUCCCUUGAAGACCUGCCGCGGUCAGCCUGCAAACGGCCCAAACUAGAUGUUUCUUUGGACGAGUGGGACCUCUCUGGCCUUCCCUGGUGGUUUCUGGGUAAUCUCCGUAGUAACUAUAGCCGUAGGAGCAACGGCUCCACUGACAUCCACACAAACCAACUAUCUCCUGCACAGGAGGAGGACACGGCCAUCGUGUCUGACACUACCGACGACCUUUGGUUCCUGACCGAGGGCGGGAGUGAACAGGUGAGCGUGGAAAUGAAGGAGGCGGCACUGGAGGAAGGGAGCAGUGGAGAAGAGGAGGCUCUGUCUGAUGACAAUGAAGGAGGGAGGGAGGAGAAAGCAGAUCGCGAGAUGCAGGAAGAGCCUGAUGAAGACUCACAGUGCCUAAGCGAUGACACUGAUACAGAGAUCUCCACACAGGAUGCCUGGCAAUGCACAGAGUGCAAAAAGUAUAACACACCUCUCCAGAGGUACUGUGUUCGCUGCUGGGCUCUACGUAAGAAUUGGUACAAAGAUGUCCCUCGACUCGCCCAUUCCCUUUCUGUCCCCGACAUCCCAGCAUGCAGCUCUCUCCCAACCAAUGAUGAGGAAGAUGACAGUGACACGGGCAUCGACAUCCCAGACUGCAGCAGGACAGUCUCUGACCCUGUCAUCCUGCCCUCCCACUCCACAGCUGACCGACCACUGCCCACUAUGGCUACAGGUAAAGUGAAAGGUCCUUGGCCCCCUGGCUUCCACAAGGAUGGGAAGCUCUCAGGAGGGGCGAGUCAGGACAACCCUGGCAUGGAAAUCGAAGAUGAGAAGCUUAGGGAACUGUUGGAGCCUUGCAAGCUGUGUCGAGUGCGACCACGCAACGGAAAUAUAAUUCACGGACCUACAGCUCACCUUUUAACCUGUUUCCCAUGUGCAAGAAAGUUACACAAGUUCAAUGCUCCUUGUCCAGGAUGUGGGAUGAUCAUUCAAAAUGUUAUUAAGGCAUUUGUAGUCUAAAAGGAACACACCUGUUAAGCCCUGGGGAACUUGACAAAUAACCCAAACACAUUGACCAAUGCAUGCACUCUGGUUCACGUGCUUAUCGUAGAUACGCACAACAUGUGCACCUUAUGCUUAAAAGUCAACACAAAAUAUAGCACUUGGUGAAGCUUGUUUUUGGUUGCAUGAUAUAUUCAGUAUUUUGGGAUGAGAAACCUUGGACAUAAAAGUUUGUCAUACAGAAUUGGUGCCAGAUUUAAAUAAGGCAGAUAAAAAGGAAGACUUAUUUAUUUAUUUAUUUAUUAGAAGGUCACCUAAAAGUGCAUGUUCCUGUGAGCCAUUUGAUUUCAUGAAAGCUUGCUUUUUCAGGCUGGAUUUUCCCAUUGGUUUUCCUUUUUAUUGUGCCAUUGGAAACAUGAAAGUAUUGCUUGCUUUAGUUCUGUUAUUUGUACGUGAUUUUUUCCAAAAAUGAAAAAUCAGUGCAAGUAUUAAACUAAACAAACAAAUAUUAUUGUUUUAUUAACCAAUUUAAUAUCCUCUUAGGUAUUGUUGCUCUGACAUUUGAGUUGUCAAGUCAAAAUUGAAGGACGAGCAGGAGAGAAUCUUGAUUUUGUUAACAGCUUCAGCUCUGAUCUUAAAAGUUUCUUAGAAGAAGAGAUACACCUACUGUAAUUUAUGAAGAUGGCUGGCUUAAGUGCUUUUUCUCUAAACAUUGUAUUUUAAAAUUUAGAAUUGAAUUGAACCUGCUUGAGAAUGCACACCUUGAGUAUUUAAUGUAAUUCCCUUUCGGGUAGUAAUUUGAAGGUUAUAUGUGUUCAAUAUCGUGUUUACUAUUCCCAAGCCACUGCUGAGUUUUGCCUGCAGUAAGUUAGUUCUGUAAUUGUUGGUUUAACAUUUAAAUAUUACUGUUCAGAAAAGGUACUUUACAUCCAUUCCUGAACAUAUGCUAAAGGAACAAUUUCUGUAUAUUUUGUAUUUAAUUUAUUUAUGAUUUAGGUUUGAUUAGAUGACCACCUCUAAUGAAGCAGGAAAAGGCUGCACUCGUUACAGAUCUCUAAUGUGUAAAUUUACAUAAGACUUUAUGAAAGUUAUACGGAGUCAUAAACUAAAUAACUAAAUGUACCAUGUCAGAAAAUGAAUGUGGGGUAUGUAUUGGGAGUUUGCUUUCAGCGUUACACUGCCAUGUAAUGACGCAGAAUUUUUAUUUGUGUAUCAUAGAUUUUAUUUUGAUGGAAUAUUGGAAGACUGUAUUGCUGGAUCACGUAGAUAUGAUUUACUCUCCGUAAACAUGUGAGCGGCCUGAUUACACAUAAAAUGUACAGAUGUCAGGGGACACAACGCCUUUAACUCUUGGCUCGGCCUUGUGAAGAGGGAAUAUUACAGAUCUUCAAACUGUUCUUUACUUGCGUUAAACUUUUCUGCCAGCAGGUGGGGAGACCUCUGAAUUAUGGUAUCUGGUGUAGAGUACUUACGACAGGUAACUUUACAAGACGAUAGAGCAUGCCUCCCGUCAUGACUAGUCAGCACUGAGCUGGUGUAAGACCUAUAGUAACUACAUAAAAGCUAUAACAGGGUUAAUGGACCUGUUGUAUUUAUCGCCACAAUUGUGCUUCAAGAAAAAGAAACUUGAUUUAAUAUCUGCUAAAAAAGGCUUUGCUCACAUAUUCUGGUUCAGACAUACUGACUUGUUACAGUUAUUGAUGUUAAGUUUUUAGUGUGCUCAAACACAACUUAUUUUUUUUUUUAACCUGUCAAGGAAUUAGUUUUGUUAAGCAAUAAAGGGUUGAGUUGAUUGUUUCA